CUCGCUAAAGGCAGAGGUGCGCAGGACCAAGCCUCACUGCUCGACAUGGAGAUGCCCGUUAAACUCAUCUUCCCCAUCGUGGUGAUCUCCGUGCUGAUCGCUUACUGUCCCACGGAGGCAUGGUACAAGCAGGUGGCCGGUCCAAGCUACUACUCGGUGGGCAGGGCGUCCGGCUUGCUGUCCGGUAUUCGGAGGUCACCGUACGUCAGGAGAGCCGAGCUGGAGCCGUCAGACAGCGGAGAGUCUGCAACCAACAGCGUGUUUUCUGAAUUAACGCCGCACAAUUUCAUCCUGAAGACGAUGCCUGUUUGUAUCAAAGACAUUACACCAGACCUGCAGAGCUGUGAAGUCUUCCAGGAAAUCAAGGGUUCAUUCAAGUGCAAAGCAGACGUCUUCCUCUCUCUGGACUCCUCAGACUGUGCAGGAGACUGAGCUCUGCGAUUUAAAAACUGUACAUUAUUCCCAUGUUAAGUUUAACACGUGUUGCACUAGAUGGAAGCUAUGCUACUUUUUAUUUACCAUUUCACCAAUUUAUUGAUUUUAUGAUAAAACUGUCUUAAAGCUGUAAAAGUAAUGUAUUCAUGUAUAUAUUUGAGCUGAGUUUUCAUUAAUAAAUGAAUCAU